AUGUCGUUUCCUCCACAAAAUCUUCAAAAUGUCCAAGGGUUUGGAAAUUAUGCCCCUCGAGGUCCAUAUCAACCGCUUCCAGCCGAAUAUUGGCAAAACAUGAGUCAUCCAUAUUUCACGCCGUCGGUUGUUCAUGGAUAUGGUACCCCGCACACAACUGGUAUGUCUUUCACUCCUUCAAUGUCGAAUGAAUCUGCAACUCCGACUUUUGUCCCGGAAACUCAACUUUCCGACCGUGAAUCCCCAAUUGAGGUGGUCAAUUUAGAAAAGACGGUUUCAAAUGCUGAGGGUACAAGAAAGCGUUCAAGUUGGACAAAGGUUGAAGACGAGGUCUUAGCGAAAAGUUUUGUCACUAUCAAUGAUGAUCCAAUAAUCGGCAAUGAUCAAAAGGCGGAUGCUUUUUGGGGACGGGUUGCAAGCUACUACAAUGAGAAUCUUCCCCAAGGUUCAAACACCAGAAGUGCAAAUGUUAUACGGUCACAUUGGCACAAUACAAUCCAAAAGAAGGUAUAUCGAUUCAACGCAAAUUACAAUAGUAUUUAUAGUUCAUAUCGAAGUGGUCACAGUGAUGAAGAUAUAUUGAGAAUUGUCAAAGACCGUCCAAUGUUUACUCCACAGUCCGCUGAUCACUUUGUGGCAACAAAGAAGACGAGGACCUCAGAGUCUGGAGCAAGCAACACCUCCUCCAACCAAGAUGUGAGUAUAGACCUGGAUUAUGAAGAUACUCGUCCAAUGGGGCAAAAGGCAGCAAAAAGAAAGGGGAAAGACAAAGUAAAAUCGACCAUGGAGGAUCUGACAGUAAACUACAACAAUAUUAUCACAAAGUUCACUGAGUACACAAGCGUGAAGAAGUCCGAAGUCGAUUUGAAACAAAAACAACUUGAAGUAGAGGAGAUUAAGGCAAAAGCUGUAUUGUCCAAAUCUGAAGCUAAGAAUCGUCGCUUGAAGUUGAAGGAGUACGAAAUAUUGAACAAAGACACCUCGCAGAUGACAAAGGAGCAGCUUAUCAUACAUGAAUGCCUAUGCAAGGAUAUUAGGUUAAAUAGGAGAGAACUGCAAGACAUAAAGACUACUUGGUUUUACACACCUCAAGAGUGCUCAGCUGAGAAUCAAGAAGCCGACCAUGAAGUUCUUAGUACAGAGCCCAUGCUGCUCGUGUUUCUGCUUCAUGAAGAGCACCAAGAUCAAGCCCAAGGAGAAGGAAGCAAAGCAAAAAUGACUGCAGCAGAUUCAAUUAGUUUCAAACUCAUGUAA